AUGAGAUACAGUAAGGGCAUCUAUUAUGGGGGCCUGGGCUAUGGCUAUAGCUCUGGUUAUGGCUGUGGAUGUGGCUGCUUCCGUGGCCUGGGCUAUGGCUUUGGUGGCUUGGGCUAUGGAGGCCUGGGCUAUGGUGGCUACGGCUAUGGCUUCUACCGCCCAUCUUACUAUGGAAGCUUCCGUGGCCUAGGCUAUGGCUUUGGUGGCUAUGGCUAUGGAGGCCUGGGCUAUGAUGGCUAUGGUUAUGGAGGCCUGGGCUAUGGCUGCUGCCGCCCAUCUUGCUACGGAAGGUAUUCUUCCUAUGGCUUCUACUGA